AUGGCAGGCUGCUUUCUGGUGCUACGGGGUCUUUUCCUUGUCCUCUUACUUCAUCAGACUGAACAGUCAGUAUUUCUUUCAGCCUCCAAAGCAAAUGAAGUUCUGAUAAGAUGGAAACGUGCUGGAUCCUAUCUUUUGGAAGAGCUCUUUGAGGGGAAUUUGGAAAAAGAAUGUUAUGAAGAAAUCUGUGUUUAUGAAGAAGCAAGAGAAGUAUUUGAAAAUGACAUGAUAACUAAUAAAUUUUGGAAAUGGUAUAUGGGUGGCACCCAGUGCAUCUCCCAGCCCUGCCUGAACAAUGCAACGUGCCAUGACAACAUCCGCAGUUACACCUGCAACUGCUCCUAUGGCUAUGAAGGGAGGAACUGUGCCUACGGUGAGGUAAAAUUAACAAAUUCCAAAGGAAAAGACUUCUGUGGUGGUGUUAUAAUACAGGAAAAUUUUGUACUGACAACAGCAAAAUGUUCCCUCAUGUACAGAAAUAUUAGUGUGACAACAAAUUUUAAUAGAACAAGCAAUGACCCACUGACAAUUAAGAUAAAGAAACUGUAUGUGCACAUGAGAUACAAUGAAGACACUGGGGAAAAUAACAUGUCACUGUUAGAGCUGGAGGAACCUAUUCAGUGCCUUAGCACUGGGCUUCCCAUCUGUAUGCCUGAAAAGGACUUUAUGGAGCACAUUCUAAUUCCAGGGAAAGUGGGCUUUGUCAGCGGCUGGACAGUCAAUGGGACUGAACUAGGCGACUCACUAAUGAAGGUGCCGGUUACUCAUUUCGAUGGUGAGGAAUGUGAAAAAGUACUUAAUGUGACAGUCACAACAAGAAUGUAUUGUGAGAAGAGUGAAAUGGUUGCUGGGCAGUGGGUGGAGGGAAGCAUUGUCACAAGAGAACACAAAGGCACUUGGUUUUUGACAGGGAUUAUGUACUCAUCACCAACAGAAGAAUAUGGACAGGUAUUUCUUUUCACUAAGAUUUCAAGAUACUCACUCUGGUUUAGACAAAUAAUGAAAUAA